CUCCUGUAAAAUGCGCAGGACGUGAGUUGAUCAGUCGUCAACAUGGCGUUGAACAGUGCGCAUGCAGGGAAAGGCGUUCUUAUUUACGCUGGAGAAUGCAUCAUCCUCUUCUGCGACCACGUGUCCAUGGAGUUUGGAGGCAACCUUCCCCCCGAGAUGAAGGGCUCCAAGACGGGCCGGCUGUACCUCACCACACACCGCAUCAUCUUCAACAACAAGGACGGCAAGGACAGGCUCCAGUCGUUCGCGUCGCCCUUCUUUUCGCUCAAGGGAGUUGAGUUGGAGCAGCCGGUGUUCGGAGCCAACUACAUCAAAGGGACAGUGCAACCGCAACCCCAUGGAGGCUGGACAGGGGAGGCGAAGUUCAAGCUCACCUUCAAGCAUGGUGGAGCCAUUGAAUUUGGCCAGGCCAUGCUCAAGGUCGCCUCUCUUGCCACCCGCAACAUGGACUCCAGCUUCCGAGAUGCCCCGCCACCUUACACCCCCCCAUCAGCUCCAUGGGCACAGGCUCCCCCCCCAGCUUAUGCCCCACCCACAGGAGGCUAUGCAGGAUGGGUGCCUCCCACUGCCACGUUUCCCGAUCGACCACCAGCGGAUGGUGUUUUCAUGUACGAGGCACCCCCUCCUUACCCUGGGUUGAGCGGUCACAAUGGUUACAAUGGGGCUGUUGGAUUCACUACUUCGGCUGCAGAUGCCAAGGCCCAGGAAGCAGCGCAGAGUGCUUACUACGACCCUAACAACCCACAGUAUGCUUAUGUGCCACCGCCUGCAUACUCGGAGUCACCCCCCUCGUACGACGCAGCGACCAAGAAGUCCCAAUGAAGCAGCACGCUACCGCUUCUCUCCUCCCCAGCCCCCUUUCCUCCAGCUCCCCCCCCCCACCCCCCCUUCACACUGGCAUCAUGGCAUGGUCAUGAAAUCGCCACCUGAAACCACUUUUCUCUCGUUGACAUAGCAUGCUUGGGAUUCUUAGGUUUUACUGUUGGUUUAGGGUUCGGCAUUCUUUUAUUGCAGAUAUCUUUUUUAUUUAUUAAUUAGUAUUUUAUGAAUUAAAGUCGAAUAUAGCUAUGGUUAUUGUCAUUUUUUUUUCUUCAUUGUCAUAACUAUCAUUUUCUGUUAGUUUUUUAUUAUUAUUAUUAUUAUUAUUAUUUAUUAUUAUUAUUAUUAUUAUUAUUAUUAUUAUUAUUAUUAUUAUUAUUAUUAUUAUUAUUAUUAUUAUUAUUAUUAUUAUUAUUAUUGUUAUUGUUAUUGUUAUGUUAUGGAGUGGGGUAAGUUGGAGGGGGCUAAGUUGCUCCUCCCUCUGUAUAUUAUCCACCUGUAGAGUUGCAUCUUCUGCAUGUUUCUGUAUUUAAAGCCCAGAUGAAAUUUGUUCACCUGGUUGUUCCACAGUAAUCAGAAAUGAAGAAGGUAUUGCAAAGAUCUUGUGUGGUUGAAAUAGGUUGUAAUUGGUAUGAAAUAUUGGCAUUAUGGUUGUUGUUGUUCAUCUGGGAUAAAUUAUUGUACAAGGUUGUUGAGUGUGGAUGGCUCCAGUCGAGAAAUGCGCUGGAGCCGAGAAAUGGAAAGGUCUGAUGUGGAAAAGUCUUCAAUUUUACCAUUGUAUAGAGAAGUUUAUCGAAAUGUUGUGAGAGAUAUAUAUUUAGAUUUAUCAUGCAUAUUACAUUAGGAAUUAUUUAGUGAUAACAAGUGCAAAGCCAGAUGGUUAUCAUGUUGAUGUUUCAAGGCUUAGAGAAGAAAAUUUUAAAGAUUGAAUAAUACAAACUCAUUUUUUUCUUUUUCUUUUUCUUUCUUUCUUUUUUCUUUUUUUUUUCAUAAGCAUAUUUCACUUUGAAGUGAAAUUUAAUCUUCCAUUUUUUCUUUAGUAUUAGCUAACCCUAAAUUAAAAUCAGUUUGGUAGAAAAAUCAUGAAAAUGUCAUACAGGGAGAGAUUACCUAGAGGAUGUACUAUGAGGUUCACAAAUAAUCAAGUAGUAUGAAAAGUCAUAAAGAAUAAAAAAGCAUUAGACACAAUGCUUAGGUUAGGAAAACUUGCAUUCCCUGUGUGUCGUUCAUUUUCCCAUAAUCCAAUCAUAAUCAUGGACAUGUAAGUGGAUGAAUGUAGGGGAUGGCAUGCAUAUUAUUUAGAAACUGCACAUGUGUUUAGAGUGCUAUGGACAUCAGCUGCUAUGGACAUCAGCAUUCACAUAUACAUGCAUUGGUCCUUCCUUAUGUUUGGUGGUUGAGAUCAUAGAAAAUUGGUUCUCACGUUCGUAUUAUAAUACCUCUUUUUUGUAAUUAAUCUGUGUAGGUUAUUUAACAUGGUACCUGUGCAUGGUUCUUAUUUUGUGGUUGUUGACACGCAUUUAGACAGAGAAAGGUCAGACAGCUCUGUUGUUUUUGAGUUCUAGGAUGCAUCACGCAUAGUAAGAAACGAGCAUGGUUGUAUGUCAAGGCAGGUGCUGUAAUCAGGUUGAAUUUUAAACUUUCUUGAUCUUCCUUUCCAAGCAAUUUUCUCACGCGAUUGUACAGAGGCGUUACUUAAUGGACAGAUCCUAUAUUAACCAUCAUUGUUCUUGCUUAGGAGUCUGUGUUGAUAUGCUAUGGGUUGAGAAAAUAUCACAUGGCAGUUGCAGGUAUUUUUUUUUUUUUUUUUUUUCUUGCCCUUUGUUAUUAUCUUUUUGCAUAGUAUCCACUCUCUUGUUUUGUCUUUAUCAUCAUCAUCAUCUGCAGUUGUCUGAUAAAAAGGUUGUUUGUGAUGAAAAAGGUUCAAGAUUGGAUUCCUUUUUUUUAAUUUUGAUUUCCUAAAAUAAUGUCAGGGAUUCCAUGUGAUAAUGUAGAGCCCUAAGAACCACUUUUUAAGUUUAAUAAGAGAAGAGUAGAGGAAAUGCCCUUAUUGCAUCACUCAAAAUUCUGUUAAGACAUUGUAUUUUCUUGAUUAUUUACUUUUUUUUUUUUUUUUUUUUUUUUUUUUACAAAUAUACUUGUAUUUAUCAUUGGUAAAGUAUUUUUCUCAGUGUCUUGAGAGGACAUAAUGGAUCCAAUUUUUGCCUAUUUUUUUCCCCCUCUGUUUACAAAAACGGUGAUGACAAGUGGCAGUUCAUGAAGUUUAGUAUCUAUAUUAUAUCUUAUUCAUUCUUUUCUUUCUCUUUGAUACUCAUUUUUCUUCCUUUGGUAAGUCAUAGAUGUAACAUUUUGUUGUGAAUGGAAUACCAAAAUUAUAAUUAUUCUUGUGUACUGGGUAGGUAGUGGAAUUUUAUUUUAUGAUUGAAAAUCAUGUAUAUUUUCUGAUUCAUACAUAAAUAUAUAUGUAUAUCCAAUAAAUGUAUAAUAACCA